AUGGACUACGUCGAUAUACAGGCCGUUGAAUCGAAGCUCACGGACGUGACGGUCACACCGAUACCGAUGAUAAAGAAUGCACAUUCGAAUCACAACACCGGGAGCAGCAGCAGCAGUAGCAGCAACUACAACAAUACGGCCAACAUUACGAUAACGCCGCAGGUUAAUCAUCGCAGCAGCAACAACCACAACCAUCACAGCAGUGUGUCCUCUGCGGUCAACGAUGGUUCGUCGGGUGCGCUAGCAUUAACCGUCGGUUCGAACAACAGUGCCGCGAAUCUAGUGGCCCCGGUUACAACGUUUAAUCACUUCCCCAACAACGCCGGACUGUCGAAGUACGCUCAGCUGCUGAUGGUGAUCGAGGAGAUGGGGCGCGAUUUGCGUCCGACGUACUCCGGAAGUCGAAAUUCAGCCGAACGGUUGAAGCGAUUGAUCGUGCACGCCCGCAUCCUGGUCCGGGAGUGUUUGGUAGAAACGGAACGAUCCGCUAGACAGUAA